UCCUAAAUGAUUGUGUUGUGAUGAGUGUUGUGGGCAGGGCACCUGAGGAAUAACCUAUCUUUAUUGUUAUUAUUUAAAAGUGCUCAAAAUAUGAAAUUUUAAGUGCAAUUAAUUGUUAAAAAUGUGGAAAAUUUAUUUAUCAUCAAUUUCUGUAUGUGUGUUGUCGUUUUAUGUUGUUGCACAAUACGAGUGGCAGAGUCGAGAUGCCUUCGACGAAAUUCGAUUACAAAUGGACAAAGUCAAUAAGGAUAACUGCCCAAUUCAACACUUGGGAGAUUUGUAUUUGCCGGAAGAUUCCGUUUCUCAUAAGCCUGAUAUAAAGGACGUUAAUAUAAAUCCAAUCUUUCCCAAUAGGACGAUGCUUUUACAUGUACACAAUAUAGCACGUAGCAGGGCUUUCUUUUGGAGUUACAUUCUACAAAGUCGUUUUAUUCGACCUGCUAUUAAUGAUACGUACGACCCUGGAAUGAUGUACUACUUUCUGUCCACAGUUGCAGAUGUUUCAUCAAAUAAACAUGUGAAUACUAGUGCAAUCUACUUUUCACCAAAUACUUCUUAUUCAUCAUCAUAUCUUGGUUUCUUCAACAAAACCUUCCCCAGAUUUGCCCCUCGAACAUACAGAGCAGAUGAUUUCAACGAUCCCAUUCAUUUGGAGAGAAUAUCGACACUGAACACAUUCAUUGUGCAGGACUUGGGAGCUGUUCCGGUUGAUACUAGUUACGAUUACAGUUCGGAUUAUUAUCGCAUAAAUGAAUGGUAUAAGCUUUGGCUACCUGAUGUGGUAUCAGAGCGUCAUGACACAAAGACCACAUAUCAAGUGGAAAUUCGCUAUGCUAAUAACACAAAUGAAACAUUUACAUUCCAUGGUCCUAGAGAUUCGGACGAAGUGCCUGGACCUGUAAAAUGGACAAGGCCAUAUUUUGACUGUGGUCGCUCUAACAGGUGGCUUGUUGCUGCUGUUUCACCGAUCGCUGACAUCUACCCACGACAUACUGGUUUUAGACAUAUUGAAUAUCCAACGUACACUGCGGUUUCAGUUGUUGAAAUGGAGUUUGACAGAAUAGAUAUUAAUCAGUGCCCGAAAAGUCUUGGCAAUGAUGGACCAAACAUAUUUGCAGAUACAGCCCGUUGUAAAAAAGAAACAACUGAGUGUGAACCAAUUCACGGAUGGGGUUUUCGAAGAGGGGGUUAUCAAUGUCGAUGUAACCCAGGGUAUCGUUUGCCUUUCCAAGUUAGGAGGCCUUAUCUGGGAGAAAUUGUAGAAAGAGCAACUUCAGAACAGUAUUAUAAUGAAUUUAAUUGCCAUAAAAUUGGAUGGGUGCAAAAAACCCUGGUGCAACUCAGUCGAGCACCACCAGUUUUGAGAGACAUCGCUAUGCAAACGUACUCUGAAUACAAAAAUUAUACUGUGGGACCUGAUUCUGUGCGCGCUUCACACUUGAAUAUUCACAGAGUGUUAGACUUUAUUUUAGGAUUAAACCCUGAAAACUGUAGAAAACUUGCACCUCAACAAUUAAUAUUGAUUGGUGGCUACAGUUUUGGUGCAGAAGAGUUUUUUGAAAAUGAAGCAAAAAUGGCAUUACGUCUAGCCAAUUUUAUAAGUGCAUUCCUUCAGAUUGCAGAUCCAAAAGAAGUCUUCUCCGGUAAGCGAGUUACUGAUAAGCCAUUAACAGAGGAUCAAAUGAUUGCCGAAACUCUGUCAAUUGUAAUGGGCAACAGUCGUAUUUGGUCAGCUGGUACUUACUGGGACCGAAAUAAAUUUACCAAUCGCACUUUCUUUGCUCCAUUCGCAUACAAAACACAGUUAAAUACAAGGAAGUUUUUUGUAGAGGAUUUAGCUAGGUUAAAUAAGUCAGAUGAGUUAUACAUAAAUGAAGAAUGGUAUCAAUUUUUAAAGCAGAGGUGGUCCACAAAUUUCGAUAGCUUAGAGAAGUACUACAUGAAAAUAAAGAUUCGUUUCAACGAAACUGGGGAGACAAUGAAAAAAUAUGAGCAUUAUCCAAACUUCUAUAGAGCUGCUACUUUAAAACACGGUUAUUGGGGAAAUCCUUACUACGAUUGCUAUGGAAAGGUUCCAAUGUGGAAAGUUCCAUAUGCAGCACCUUUUUUCGGAUGGGACUCUUUGAAGGCGAGAUUAGAAUUUAAGGGUGUUGUGGCGGUUACAAUGGAUCUGACAAAAUUAGAUAUAAACCAAUGCCCAGACAAAGCAUAUGUUCCAAAUGCAUUUAAGGGGACAAAUAAAUGUGAUAAGAAAAGUUCAUAUUGUGUUCCGAUCUUGGGACGAGGAUAUGAAACGGGAGGUUACAAGUGUGAAUGCAAACAAGGCUAUGAAUAUCCUUUUGAAGAUCAAAUAACCUAUUACGACGGACAGUUGGUGGAAGGAGAGUUUAUUAAUUUAGUUGAUAAUAAUAAAACCAGGUUUCAUACGUAUCAGUGUCGUAUCGCUGCCGGAAGUACUACCUAUGUGAAUUUUAUGACACUUUUUGUUAUGACAUGUCUUUCACUUCUUCAAAUCUAAAAACUCGAACAUUUUUAUCAUGAAAUGCAAUUUUAUAUAAAGUUAAUUACAAAUGAACCGUCCAAAUUUUUCUGCAUAAUUAAAUGCAGCAAUAAAAUGACAUGAAGAUAUAAAUUUAACUGAGACUGAUUUUUAUUUGUCUAUGGCAAUGUUUAGCUUUAUCAAAUCUCCAAAUAAAAAAUAUGUCGGCAUUAAACAGGUACGGUUGGCACAUUUUGCUUGUGACACGCGCACAUGGAAAUAAGCUAGAUAAUAUAAGGAAGAGGUGACAUGGGCACAAAUGAUCAAAAUCAUAAGUUGUUGAUUCCAAUUUAUUUUGUUAAUAAUUUUACUCAUUAAAUGUUUAAUUAUAGAUUUUACCUAAGUUACCAUCUGAAAAUUAAUUGACACACAAAGUGUAUCUGUUUAGGGUGUAAGCAGGAGUAUUUUUAAUUUAUAAGUGUGCCUUUUGAUAUUAAUUAUUGUAAGAGUGCUGAAAGUGUAUCUUAUUUUCCGUCCAUUUUUCUAUUUUAUCUCUAUACAAUUUUUUUAUAUAAUGUACAAUUAGAUUUUAUAGUAGAUACUUAUUGUUCAUAUUUUGUAUGUUCUAAUAAAAGUAAAUAAUAGAA